AUGAAAAGCACAGAAAGAAAUCUCACUACAAUGAUGGAAUUUAUUCUCUUGGGCUUUUCUGAUGCACCCAAAUUUCAUUGGCUUCUCUUUGGAAUAUUCUUAGUCAUAUUUGUGAUUAUCCUACUGGGGAAUGCCAUUAUAAUUCUAGUAACCAGAGUAGACCCCACACUCCACACCCCCAUGUACUUUUUUAUCAGCAAUUUUUCUUUCCUAGAGAUUUGUUAUGUAUCUGUCACUCUUCCUAGAAUGCUUGUGGAUCUCUGGACUCAGAAAGGAACUAUUUCUUUUUUUGCUUGUGCGACACAAAUGUGCUUCUUCCUUGUGCUGGGAGCCACUGAGUGUUUCCUGCUGGCUGUGAUGGCCUAUGACCGCUAUGUGGCCAUUUGCAACCCUCUGCACUACCCCUUAGUCAUGAAGCAUGAGUUCUGUAUUCGCUUGGUGGUUGGCUCCUGGAUCGGUGGAGUUCCAGUGCAGGUAGGGCAGACAUUCCAGAUUUUCUCUCUGCCCUUUUGCAAAUCGAACCAAAUCAACCACUUCUUCUGUGACAUUCCUCCAAUGCUGAAGCUGGCCUGUGGAGACACCUUUGUGAACGAGUUGGUCGUCUAUGUAUUUGCUGUGCUCUUUGUCACUGUCCCUUUCAUGCUGAUCCUGGGGUCCUACAGCAGAAUUAUUUCCACCAUCCUAAAAUUGUCAUCAAACACAGGAAGGAGCAAAGCUUUUUCAACAUGUUCUUCCCACCUCAUAGUUGUUUUUUUAUUCUAUGGAUCAGCCACAAUCAGCUAUUUAAAAACCAAAUCCAAUGAGUAUGAAGGAACAGACAAACUUCUCUCUCUUUUCUAUACUAUUUUGACUCCGAUGUUUAAUCCUGUGAUAUACAGUCUGCGGAACAAAGAUGUUACUGAAGCCCUUAGGAAAUUCCUUCCCAGAUUGUUGACAUUGUAA